GAAUAAUUUUUCAGAAAAGUGCCACCUAUUCUUUUUCUCUUUGCCAAGUCUGGGCUCCUUCCAAGAUGCUGCUAGCUAUUCCUGGCCCCUUCCCCAAUACUUAUCUGCCCCCACCUUUUGGAAUCCAUAUCUAGGUCUAAAAACGGUUCUAGAUUCUGACACCUUUGAUUGGGGGAUGUAGAAUGGGAUUCUUUUCAGGGGACAUCCACAAGUACACACUCGUGGUCACUAAGGUGACCAGCUCAUCCCAGUUGGCCCAGGACUUUCCCAGUUUUAGCACUGAAAAUCCCUUGUCCCAGCCCUGUCGGUUUCCCAACAAACUGAAAUGGUUGGCCACUCAAGUGGCUACCCUGACUAUCACCCCAGGCUCUACUUUAGUGACUGCUCAUACCUCCCUGCCUCCCAAACAGAAGUCGAAACAGAGCAAAAGAAACCCAGUCCCCAGGGUCAUGCUGGGGCUACCAAAACUGGGAUUGACUAGCAUCUGUGAACUAGAACAGCAGGGAGUAUGCUUAGAGUGCCUGGUCCUGGGUUUGGGGAAGAAAGGCCAUCAAGGUAGAUGUGGGUGGGGAACAACUUGGGAGGGGUGGCAAGGACAACCCAGUUUCUCUCUGAGGGGACCUCUGGUUGACCCUGGAGCUUCUGUCCCCAAACACAGGCCUCAUGGGAUUCUUUCUGUCCUUGGGUGCUGGGCAGAGGUUCCCUAAAUUCCCUUGUUGCAUAUUCCCCAUCUCUGACACCCAGUGCGGUCAGAAAGCCCUUCCUUAACUCAGACUUCAGUUCUUGCUGCGGUUUCUGCCCAUUGCUUUUCAUCAUAUCCUCUGCCUGACAGCUACGAGGUCAACUCUGCUCUGGCUUUUCUCCAGGCAGAGCAAGUGGGGGCUCUGGAAAGGUUAAGGGAUCUCAGUGACCACCAUUACACUUUGCAUCUUUCCUGAGAAGUGAGAGUUGAAAGGGAAGCAGGAAGGCCCAUGGUCAGAUUGAAGGAAGGAAUUUUUAGUUUCUUCUUUUCUUUUUCUUUUUUUUUUUUUUUGAGAUGGAGUCUCACUGUAUCACUCAGGCUGGAGUGCAGUGGUACGAUCUCGGCUCACUGCAGCCUCCACUACCUGGGUUCAUGUGAUUCUCCUGCCUCAGCCUCCCAAGUAGCUGAGACUACAGGCACAUACCACUACACCCAGCUAACUUUUGUAUUUUUAGUAGAGACGGGGUUUCACCAUGUUGGCCAGGCUGGUCUCAAACUACUGACAUCAAGCGAUCUGCUCCCCUCAGCCUCCCAAAGUGCUGGGAUUACCAGUAUGAACCACCACAACCCACCAGGAAUUUUUAGUUCUUAGCUUUUGCAGGAGACUUCAAGGAAAGGAGAUGUUCCUCUGUGCAGGAAAUGGGGAAGGUGACCAUUUUUGCAUUCCUGGUUUCCCGUCUUGGCAGGGUAGUCAUGAGGCAUCACUGUUCCUGCUCUCCCACUCCUGCUCCUCAUGCUCAGCCUGCCUAGCUCGGCCUCAACUUUCUCUGUGUGUCUAAAGUGGAACUGGAUAGAAGGCUGUGGGAAGAUAGGAAAGAGAUGGUGCCAAUCCCCUUGCCCAGAUCUUACAUCCAGACUCAGCAAGGCAAUCACAUGGGCAAGCACAAGGCAGGGGUUUGGGGAAAGGGGAAGUAAUUGGCAUUCUGUGUGAUACCAAGGAGACCAUUUGGAUUUUGGCUUCUACCAAAGAGAAUGGAGAAUUGGUUGACCUAAAUGGAACCAAUCCCUUUAAGUAAGGCGAGGAAAGGGGGUGCUGGAAGAUGGCCACACAACCUAGAUCAUAGCUUGAACUGAAACCAAGAACAGAGUGCUGCCCCCUUCGGCAAUUUACUGACAUGCCCUCUUUAAAUCAUGUUAUCUAACCCAAAUCCAGACCCAGGACCUAGUCACAGCUCCAACCUACACUUCCUAUUAAUUAAAAAAAAAAAAAAAAAAUCUACAUUAUUACUGCAAAACAAACAAACAAACAAAGAUAUCAGCACUGUAGCCUCUCAAUCUGAGCCCAUUUCCCUUCUCUAGCUACCAUACCUCCUUCUCCUAUAUGAUACCAUUCACUACUUUAUUUAAUUCUCCAGUCUAGACCUGCAUCUUGAGACCACACCCAGCCUACUCACUCCCCACACCCCUCUUUCCUCUCACUGCUCCUUCCUGGUCUCUUCUCAUCUGGCUCCACCUCUGAGGAGUCCUCAGAGAAACCCUUCUGGGUUGCCCUGGAACACAGACUAUCCCCUCUCCUAGUGAAGGGAGUGGGUAGGGGUUUCAGCCCCACCCUCAGGAAGAUGCGUCUUCCCUGUCCUCUGCUCUAUGGUACUUCCUCUCUGGCUGACUUAGCAAACAGCACCUAGACCGGGGGCCAGGCCCUUGGCAGUGGGACAGAUCCAGGGAUAGGCUACGGCACCUUGCCCUGACCCUGGGAUUGGCGUCAGCUUCCAACCAGUUCCUGUCAAAGCUUGUAAGUCCUCCCGACGGCCAUGAACACUACAUCUUCUGCAGCACCCCCCUCACUAGGUGUAGGGUUCAUCUUUCUGUUGGCUAUCAUCCUGCUGUCAGUGGCGCUGGCUGUGGGGCUUCCCGGCAACAGCUUUGUGGUGUGGAGCAUCUUGAAAAGGAUGAAGAAGCGCUCUGUCACUGCCCUGUUGGUGCUGAACCUGGCCCUGGCCGACCUGGCCGUAUUGCUCACUGCUCCCUUUUUCCUUCACUUUCUGGCCCAAGGCACCUGGAGUUUUGGAUUGGCUGGUUGUCGCCUGUGCCACUAUGUCUGUGGAGUCAGCAUGUACGCCAGUGUCCUGCUUAUCACAGCCAUGAGUCUAGACCGCUCACUGGCAGUGGCCCGCCCCUUUGUGUCCCAGAAGCUACGCACCAAGGCAAUGGCCCUGCAGGUGCUGGCAGGCAUCUGGGUGGUGUCCUUUCUGCUGGCCACACCCGUCCUCGUGUACCGCACAGUAGUGGCCUCGAAAAAGAACAACAUGAGCCUGUGCUCUCCGAAGUACCCCAGCAACGAGCACCAGGCCUUCCAUCUAAUCUUCGAGGCCGUCACGGGCUUCCUGCUGCCCUUUCUGGCUGUGGUGGCCAGCUACUCCGACAUAGGGCGUCGGCUGCAGGCCCGGCGCUUCCGCCGCAGCCGCCGCACUGGUCGCCUGGUGGUGCUCAUCAUUCUGGCCUUCGCCGCCUUCUGGCUGCCCUACCACGUGGUGAACCUGGCCGAGGCUGCCCGUGCGCUGGCCGGCCAGGCCUCCGGGUCGGGGCUCGUGGGGCAGCGGCUGACACUGGCCCGCAGCGUACUCAUCGCGCUCGCCUUCCUGAGCAGCAGCGUGAACCCCGUGCUGUACGCGUGCGCCGGCGGCGGCCUGCUACGCUCGGCGGGCGUGGGCUUUGUCGCCAAGCUGCUGGAGGGCACGGGCUCCGAGGCGUCCAGCACCCGCCGCGGGGGCAGCCUGGGCCAGACCGUGAGGGGCGGCCCCGCCGCUCAGGAGCCUGGUCCUUCCGAGAGCCUCACUGCUUCCAGCCCUCUCGAGUUAAAUGAACUGAACUAGGCCUGGUGGAAGGAGGCCCACUUUCUCCUGGCAGAAUGCCAGCCCUGAGCUAGUUCUGUACCUGGAGGAGAAGCAGGAGCGUGGAGGGCAUGGGAGCGUGGGAGGCGGGAGUGGAGUGGAAGAAGAGGGAGAGGUGGAGCAAAGUGAGGGCGGAGUGAGAGAGUGCUCCAUCCUGGCUCCCACAGGCAGCUUUAACCAUUAAAACUGAAGUCUGAAAUUGGGUCAACCUUGUGAGUGGGGUACGUGUGCUGUGGGCAUCGGGGUGCUUGUGGGUGCCCUGGUGGGACCCCUCUCAGUAAUCGAGAGUUACCUCCUUUAGUUCCCCAUGAUUUACAAUUUUGGAAAGGACACAAGGACAAACAUAGAUUGCCCCCAUCCCAGGUGAUUCUGAGUACGUAGUCUGCAGAUAAUACUUAGCAAAAUGCAGUCUGCGGACUCCUAAAGCAGCUUGUCUAGGAAGACCACCCAUGUGGGCCUAUCACUCCAAGCUCUGUGACUCAGGGGACCUUCUGAGAAAAUAGCACUGCUAUGAAACAUCUUCCCUGAAGCCUGUGAUAAGUCUCCUUGUUAGCAUGACUCCAACUUCCUGCCAAUAAUCUUUAUCCUCUCUGUAGGAGGUAUUCUAGGGGAUGCCUUCCUUCCUUCCAUUUCACAAAGAGGUCAGACUUGAGGACUAAGUCAUUAGAUCUUAUCCCUUAGAAUACUGCAUAUCAGCAUCUGCUAACCUCCACAACACACCCUGGCACAGGGUGGGGCUGAGGGCCGCAGGAAACAAAGAUUCCCAAAAGUGAGAGGGAUGAGUCAUUAUUUCCUAGAAAUGACUGUUGUUUUAGAGAACCUUGGUCCAACUCUGUUCUGACAAGGUUUUAGGAAGAUGGCAACAACAGUGGCAGCAGUGUACUUUUUGGAUCUUUCUCAUAAAAAAACAAAAGAGCAAGUAACAGAGUGAAACCAAAUAUUCACAUGCAACAUCCGCAACAAACCUAGUAUGUCAAGGUAUCUCCCAUGGACCCCAAAGUAUGAGCCAGUGAGAAUGAGUCAUCAAUACCUCAAGACCCAUAUACCAGCAUCUGUGCAGAAGGAUACAGAAGGAAGCAAAGGGAUGUUGGGUGGAUCUAAGAAGAGGAGACCCCCAAGCUGUCUACAGAUCCUAACUGGAAAGCAUGGUGUACCAAUUUGAGAACAGCAGCUGAAACUGGGAGGGACCUCACAGAGUAUUUCUCAGACCUCUCACCCAUUCUAUAUGGUGAACACAUGAUAGGUACUUAUUUAGUGUUUGUUGAAUGAAUGAAGUUCAAAUGACAUUUCCCUGGA